AGCAGGAAGACUUCAGGAGUGUUUUCAAAGAGGACAGAAUGAAGCAAACCUCUGGACUCAAUGGCUGGAUGAAGGAUGCUAUGAAGCAAAGAAGGAUACAUGACCUCUAACCAAACUUGAGAGGUAACAAACUUUUGUCUUUGAGAGUCUGUCAGCAUUAAUAAGGGACAUUAUGAACUUGCAUGCCAACAUUUCAAAACCUGCACCUGAAAGCAUCUUCACCUCUUUGAAUCUGAUGCCCUUUGACCCUGACACCUGGACACCGAGCCCGGACAUCAUGCUGGGUAAUGUGGUGCGCAACAUUUCGUUUGGCUGUAACAAAAGUUGGGCUGAUGCAUCUCUCUUUCCCAAUUUAUCCAUCAGUGGUACUUCCAGUGAAAAAACAGAACUGCUGUCAUGGCAAAGGUGCAACGGUGAGACGAGUACAGAGGAGUUAGUUCGGAAAAACUGGGCUGCGCUACUGAUUUUGGUUGUGGUCAUUAUUACGGUUACCGGGAACAUUUUAGUAAUCCUGGCUGUCAAUCUGGAACGAAAACUGCAAAAUGCCACCAAUUACUUUCUCAUGUCAUUGGCAGUGGCAGAUAUGCUUCUGGGACUUCUGGUCAUGCCUGUCUCCAUGGUGACCAUUGUGUAUGGUUACUCCUGGCCCCUCCCUGCAACACUGUGUCCCAUGUGGAUCUAUUUGGAUGUUCUCUUUUCCACCGCCUCCAUCAUGCAUCUGUGCGCUAUCUCCCUGGACCGUUAUGUGGCCAUCCGUAACCCCAUCCGACACAAUCGGUCAAACUCACGCUCCCGUGCCCGGGCCAAGAUCACGGCCGUCUGGACCAUCUCAGCAGGCAUCUCCAUGCCAAUCCCAGUGCUGGGUCUGCGCGAUCACACCAAAGUUUUCAAGGAUGGCAGCUGCCUAUUGACUGACAACUCUUUUGUGUUGAUUGGGUCCUUUGUGGCCUUCUUUGUGCCAUUGACCAUUAUGGUGGUGACCUACUUCCUGACUAUCAGCGCUCUGCAGAGUGAGGCCACGCUCUGCCUUGACCAACUGGUGCCCAGGCCCAAAUGGAGCGCAGGAUUCACUCUCAACUUCCUUCCCGGACCCUCAUUCUCACCCUCAGAGAAAAAACUGUUCUUGCGGCGCUCGUUGAGCCGCGAGGCGGGGGCAGAAUCGGGGGUUGUGACGCCACCUUUCGGACGGCACACAGUGCAGUCCAUCAGCAAUGAGCAAAAAGCCUCCAAAGUUCUGGGCAUUGUCUUCUUCCUGUUCGUGGUCAUGUGGUGUCCAUUUUUUAUCACCAACGUUUUAGCGGUGGUUUGCGAGCCGGCAGCAUGUGACGCCGAUGUGAUGAACAGACUGUUGAAUGUGUUUGUGUGGGUCGGUUACCUUUCCUCCGCUGUUAACCCGCUGGUUUACACUCUCUUCAACAAGACUUACCGCUCUGCCUUCGCUAGAUACAUCCGAUGCCAGUUUCAUGAGGAGAAGAAACCGUUACAACUAAUUCUGGUCAACACCAUUCCACCACUGGCCUAUCAGUCCACACACCUGCCGCUCACUGGAUCAAUAGGCAAUGGGGAUUUCUCUCUGCCCCUUCCCAAUAAAAAACACCAUCUGUCCAAAAGCAGCAACAAUGAGAGUGUCAGCUGCUUGUGA